UGCCGUUGGGUUUUUUCUCCUUGAUGUGAUUUGAUUUGGGUGGAGACCACAUACUCCGAGGCGCACGGAGGGUAUCUGGCUGGCCGAUGAUAAAUAGGCCGCUGUCUCCCGCAUCGAAGUUUUCAUCCUCACCAGUCUCUACUCGACUACGACCUACUUCACUACAAGCGACUACGCUCUACGACUUACUCCAGACAUGUCUACUCCUUCCGCCUCUUCCGCUGUCCCUCUGCGCUCCCUUCGUUGCGCCGAAGUCCUCGAAGAUGGCACUCGCUGCCCCGGCCGCGCUGUCCAGACCGGCCUCAAGUGCAAUGUCCAUUGCACCAAACCAGGCUACAACCAUCGAUGCCCCUAUGCCACCGGCAUGUCGGGUUACACUCUGCAGUGCUCCAAGUCCUGCAUGGAGGGCUUUGACGGGUGCUUCCAUCACCGCCGCUUCCCCGAAGCGGACUAUGUGGGUCGCUGCACCCACAUGACCAAGAAGUCCGACUUGAAGAUCCGCUGUUCGUGCAAGUCGCUUCAUGGUCGCAAUGUUUGUGAGUGGCACGACCGGUAUCCCACGCGCUCCUAUCUGGAGGUGAUGCAGGUGGAUCGAAAGCCUGUGUAUUACGACUCCGACUCGGACAACGAGCCCGGUCCAUCGACUCCUCGUCGCACCCAUAUGAAGCGCACUACCCGCGCCCCCGAGGCCUUUUGGGAUGCCGAGGAUCACGACGAACCUGCUUUUGUCUCCCCCGAGCAGAAGGCCGCCGAUGCCAAGAAGGCCGAGGAACUCGCCAGGAUCGUGAGUGCACUCAUGUCUGUCUCGGACAGAGGCGAGGCCAUCGAUACGGAUGCCGUCAGCAAGAUCAUUGCUGGCGUCAUGAGUGAACGCUCCCCCAGAGAGCGUCACUCCUUCACUCCCGCACCCAAGGCCUCCAAGGGUACCAAGGUCAAGACUGAGCGUGGCUGAAUGAAUGGUGUAUUGUUUUGUUUGUCGACACAGUCAUGAAUACAUUCGCGCUGCGCCACUCGUCGACAA